UUUUUUUAUAUUAUAGAUAGUAAAGAAUCUUGUGUCUAUUUGGAUAAUUUUUACAAAAAAAAAAAAAAAUGUUUGAUCCAGAUGCCAAACUAGAUGAUGAGUUGGAAUCAAAUCCUGAUUAUUAUGCUAUUUUAAACAUUAAAAAAGAUGCAAACGAGGAAGAAAUCAAAGCUGCAUACCAUAGAAUGUGUGUUAUAUACCAUCCUGAUAAACAUCAAGAUCCAAAAAAUCAACAGAUUGCUGUUACUAUAUUCAAUAAAAUUCACAAAGCAUAUGAAGUUCUUUCCAAUCAACAAAAAAGACUCAUUUAUAAUUUAUAUGGUCAAAAAGGAUUAGAUGCAGGAUGGGAGGUUAUUGAGCGUAUUCGAACACCUCAAGAGAUUUUGCAAGAAUAUGAACGGUUGCAAAAUGAAGCAGAGAAACGUAGAAUUGAACAACACACAAAUCCUAAUGGUACUACAACGUUGAUGAUAGAUGCAACAGACUUAUUUAAAAAUAAUGAAAUUUCAGAUGAUCCUUUUUAUACAGACGAAUCAAGUUUAUUUCCCAACAUAGAAAUAAAACAAAUGAGUAUUAGUCAAUCUAUAGAGGCUCCUUUAACAAAAGAUACCACUGCUGUUUUAUCAGGUUCACUUCAAAACGUCAAUGGAAUAGGUACUGGAAGUGUAAACUGCAUGUUAAGAAGAACAUUUUCACCAAAAUCAUUUGGAGAGUUUGAAUUAGGUGUUGGUGAUAACACUAGUAUUCGUCUCAAAGGUUAUCAUAAUCUAGGGAAAAAAAUGGCUGGAAAUUUGUCAUUAAACUUAGCAUUUCGACAAUCAAUGCUAUCAGCAGGAGUGCAAGCAAUGAUUUCAAGACAACUCACAAAUCAUACGACUGGUUAUGUAACAUGGACAGGUGGUUUUUUAUCAUCUAUGUCUUCAAUGGUAGUUAGAAACACAGAAAAAUACCAUGCUUCUGCACAACUACAGUUAAAUUUGAAAAAUCCAUUUGCAAUGAUAGCUUACACGCACAAGUUUAAUGAAGAUACUAAAGCUAAAAUUAGAAUAAAAUGUGGGUUUCUAGGCUUACAUUUACUGUAUGGAUGUGAGCACAAAGUGACAUCACUUAGCAAGUUAGGAGCUUAUAUAAGUAUCGGGAAUGCAUCUGGUGUUUCAUUAGAAAUAAGGUUACAUCGACAUACUCAGACAUUUAAUUUCCCAAUCUUGCUGAGUGAAGUGUUUUCUGCAUCAGCAGUUUUCUAUGGUACUAUUACUCCCAUUGUUGUAUACUUCACUGUUAGAGCAUUUGUAAUUAGACCAAUAUUGAAAAGACAAAAUGAAAAGAAUUGGAAGGAUAAUUGUGAAAAGUUUUCAAAGUUAGUUGCAGAGAAAAAACAGGAAGCUUUAGAUGCAAUUAGUUUGAUGAUGGAUGUAUACCAAAGAAAUGUAAGCCAAGAGGAGCAAAGACGAGGACUUAUUAUAACAUCAGCUUGGUAUGGAAAAUUUACUUCCGACUUUUCAUGUAAUGCUACACUGUCUCAGCUAACAAAUGUUACAAUUCCUGUUCAAUGUUUGGUUAGAGAUUCAAAAUUGAUUCUUACAGAUGCAACAAAGUCUCAGUUAAAUGGAUUCUAUGAUCCAUGCCCAGGAGAAGAUAAAUAUCUGAAAAUUUCUUAUGAAUUUCGUGAUGCUGUUCACGAGGCUGUAUUUAGCGAUACUGAACAUGUUCGAAUACCAAAGCAAUCUCAUCGCAUCUCGACGAAAAUUAGCUAGAGUCCAUAAGUUGCGCUUAUUUGCCAUGCUACGACUUCAAAUAUUGCAGGUGUUGAUGUGUAUCUCGGAAUUUUGUAAAAAAAUAUAUUUUUUUAACAGUAAUAAAGCUUUCCGUUUAAACACUAAAUAAUAAAAAAGUGGUGUUAUACGCUUAUC